UAUAUUACUAUAUUGUUGUAUGCUCUGACGCUGCUGUAAGACUUUUGUGUUGAGAUUUUUGGAGACUUUUGCUCAAAUUUCGUUCUUGGCCAUUUUGCUGAGGCAGAAAAGGACGUUGUGGAGUCCCACAGGUCUUCUCCAGGGGAGCCUCUCUUCAUCUAAAGCCAUCAUGCCUGCAGAUAAACCGAGGGUGUACCAGGGCGUCCGAGUGAAGACCACAGUCAAAGAGCUGCUGCAGAGGCACAGAGCUCGGGAGGCCAGCCGUAAAAAAGUUAAAACCACGAUAUCUCAGGCUUGCCUGGAUCUCCAGGAUCUUUGCGCGACUCACUUUGCAAGUCGCUAUGUGGACCCUCCUCCCGCCGUCCCCACAGCGGAGGCGAGCGGUUGUGAGCGAGCUCUCCAGCUGCGCGCCGCCUCGUUCCCGUUCCCUGACAGCUCGUGCAGCAUCCAGCUCCAAGAGAGCACCUUUAACGACAUCCAGCAGCAGUUCGGGGACACGAUGUUGCCCAGCAACGGCUACAGCGGCAAUUAUAACAACAACAGCAGCACAGGCGGCGGCGGUGGCGGCGGCGGCGGUGGCGGCUACAACGCCUCCCUGCCUCCCCCUCCCACCCUCCCGCUGCCCUGGUGCCAUGGACUCUCCUCUGAUGCGGACUACUAUGGCCCUGGGAUGGCUCCCUGCUCCUCUCCGGAGUCGCUGAAGCUCUGCAACCCGGUGGAUCACAACAGCUACUCGCCGCAGGACUCUUUUUCCUCCUCCUCCUCCUCCUCUUGCUACGACUCACCCACCAGGAUGGAGCCCAGCUACCACGGCGUCACCUCCGACCACUACCACUAUCAGCACUGCAACCGCCAGGACUGUUACUGCAUGUCCCACUGCUGGCCGGCCCAGCAGGAGAGCUUCUCGGCCCCUGAAUACGCACCUUACUAUAACACCACAGACUAUGUGUACCCCUGUCCCGUGGAGGACAGCUAUUUUAGGAGGGAUUUGCAGAUGAGCUCUGAAAUGUGUUACAACGUACUAUGAUGAGCAGUAUUAUUUUGUGUUUUAACUGUAAAUAGGAUUCUCUUCAGGUUCUUGGUAUGGCUGUUUGCUCGAUGGUCUGCUUUGCAAUUCAGCGUGUGCUCUGUGACUUCUACUUUGUUGGAGUGAAUAUGAUGAAUGCUGAAUGGAUGGAAAUGCUGAUAUUUUUGUAUCAAUUCCUUAUUUUUACUACCUAGAUUUAUUUUCAUACACACAACUUGUUGCCGUACUAAAUAAAAACGUGUUAAAAUGAA